CACACAGACGCACUAACCGGUGAGAGGAUAACGGCGGCUGCCAUAUCGAGCUGCUGCUGCUGAUACUGCUGCUGAUACUGCUGCUGUUGCUGCAGAAGCAUCUGCAGCACGGUUCUGGCUGUUUUUUAUUCAUUCCAGAUGUCGGGGACCGAAGAUUGUCAUCAAUACCACUGCUGAGGAUGUGUGUGAGCAUUUCGAUAUGAGUUCCGGGCGGAUGGAUUCGAUCAAAGGAAUAAUCCUAAGGCAUCCUAAAGCAUGACAGGCAUCUUGUUCCCCUGACGAUUCUCUGGGAUGCAGUCAUAGUUUGAGGCCGGGCAUGAUUUUAAUCUUAGGAGUUGCUGUAGUGGAUGCGGGACGAUGUGCGCCGCACCCCGAGAGCUAUUGAUAAGGAGAACACAGCUCCGUCAAUCAGUGACCCUCAAACGAUCCGGAUUUUUCCUGGACUGUGGCGCACAGUGAGCAUCUUGUUUUGUUUGGUGUGUGUGUUUUUGUUUUUUGUUUUUUAUAGCUGGGACUGUUUGGCGGACCUUCUCAUGAGGAAUUGUGCUGCUUUGUCUGAAAGGAUCAACUGAGCACUGUUGCUCUCAUCCAGAGAGAAGAACCAGGGCUGAGCUGCUCACCUGGUCAUUUCAACAUACAAUAAUAACAUGGCGGAGAGGACACUGGAGCAGGGUUCGGUCAGCAUCCCCAUGGAGGAGACCAAACUACCCGGCGGAGCGCCUCAGGAGGCAGCACUGCUCACCCACUUAAAGAAAGUGGAGAACCACAUCACUGACGCUCAGCGCUUCUCCCACCUCCCACGCCGCUCUGCUGUGGACCUGGAGUUCAAUGAGCUGUCGCACACCAUCCGGGAGGGUCCCUGGUGGAGGAGGAGAGGUUACAAAGCUCUCCUCAAGUGUCUGUCUGGAAGAUUCAACAGCAAAGAGCUGAUUGGCAUCAUGGGGCCCUCUGGAGCCGGGAAAUCCACUCUGAUGAAUAUUCUGGCGGGUUACAGGGAGACGGGCAUGAAGGGCCAGAUCCUGGUUAAUGGUCGACCGAGGGACCUGAGGUCCUUCCGGAAGAUGUCCUGCUACAUCAUGCAGGAUGACAUGCUGCUGCCACACCUCACUGUGAGGGAGGCCAUGAUGGUUUCUGCCAAUCUGAAACUGAAUGAGAGCACGCAGAUCAAAAAAGAACUUGUGCAUGAGAUCCUUACUGCUCUCGGUCUUCUGGACUGUGCUCAGACACGUACCAAUUCCCUCUCUGGGGGCCAGCGUAAAAGACUGGCUAUUGCACUCGAGCUGGUCAACAAUCCUCCUGUCAUGUUCUUUGAUGAGCCCACCAGUGGUCUGGACAGCGCAUCCUGCUUUCAGGUAGUUUCCCUCAUGAAGUCUCUGGCUCAGGGAGGACGGACAAUUAUCUGCACCAUUCAUCAGCCCAGUGCCAAGCUCUUUGAGAUGUUUGAUAAGCUGUACAUCCUCAGUCAGGGUCAGUGCAUAUACAAGGGCACAGUCCCCUACCUCAUCCCAUAUCUGAAGAACCUGGGUCUCCACUGCCCAACGUAUCACAAUCCUGCUGAUUUCAUCAUUGAGGUGGCGUCAGGGGAGUAUGGGGAUCUGAAUCCAGUGCUGUUUGAAGCUGUCCAAGGUGGACUGUGCUCCGAGGAGGGCAAGAAGAACUCCAGAGACAAAAGUGACUCUUCUUGUCCCUCUCAAUGUCACAGUGACACAGGAACUCUUGAGAAACAUAGCUUUGCCACCAGUUCAUUCACACAGUUCUGCAUCCUCUUCAAAAGAACCUUUAUUACAAUAUGCAGGGACACGGUGCUGACCCACCUCAGAGUGAUGUCCCAUCUGUGUAUUGGAGUGCUGAUUGGCCUGCUUUAUCUCAAAAUUGGAAAUGAUGCCAGCAAGGUCUUCAACAACACUGGCUUCCUCUUUUUCUCCAUGUUAUUCCUCAUGUUUGCUGCCCUGAUGCCCACCGUCCUAACCUUUCCUCUGGAGAUGGCUGUGUUUAUACGGGAAUAUCUCAACUACUGGUACAGCCUGAAAGCCUAUUACUUAGCCAAAACUAUGGCUGAUGUACCAUUCCAGGUGCUUUGUCCAAUCUUGUACUGUAGUAUAGUGUACUGGAUGACUGAACAGCCUCCAGAAGCGACUCGCUACCUGCUCUUUAUGGCCUUGUCCACAUCCACAGCACUGGUGGCCCAAUCCCUGGGUCUGCUUAUAGGGGCUGCAUCCACAUCUCUGCAGGUGGCUACUUUUGUGGGUCCAGUCACAGCCAUACCUGUGCUUCUCUUCUCUGGCUUCUUUGUCAAUUUUGACACCAUUCCCAAAUACCUACAGUGGAGCUCUUAUGUUUCCUAUGUCAGGUAUGGCUUUGAGGGAGUGAUACUCUCUAUCUAUGGGAUGAACCGGUCGGAGCUGGAGUGUCCAGGUCUGGUGUGUAAGUUCCAGAAGCCAGAGGAGGUCCUGCAGCUGCUGGAUGUGGAGGAUGCGAAGCUCUACGUGGACUUCAUGGUGUUGGGGAUUUUCUUUCUGGUCCUCAGAUUGGCUACUUACCUGGUUCUGCGUUACAAAGUCAAGUCAGAGCGUUAGGACGUCUAGGGGCAACUACAGAUAUGUGAGAUAGUAAGAAAACUUAAUAGUCUCUGUUUCUCUGUCUCUACUUCACAUACAUGUACAAAGACAUACACAAGUCCAGCACAUAAAAUCAUCAAAAAGUUGUGCUGCACACAGUACAGUAUAAUAGUAUCUUUAAACUAUUUGUUAUUCAGUAAAAGGGAAAGUGCUGUGGAAUGUUGUCCUAACCCCUGUCCAUUAUUAGUUGUCCUCCAGUAUUUUUCAGAUCACCAUUACUUUCUGGAAAUACUGUGUACCUACACCUUACAUAAACAGAAUACCCAACAAAGUAACAGAAAGCAUGUUUCUUUAGACUGAGAAAUUUGGAUUCAUACAUGAGCUAAAGCCUCCAGGUUUAUGGGGAGAUAUAGUACCCACCUUGAUGGAGGACUGUCCAAUAACGUGUAGCUUCUGAUUCCAAUGCCUAAAAAUGUAAUAUAAUGUCCACUUCAGAAUCAUGUAAACUGAUACUUAAUGGGACAACGCCCAUCAAGCUCCUCGUGGAACAAGAUUUCAAGAUGGAUUCCCUUGUUUUGCCAUCAAGAAAGUGGAAACUUUCAGUGCCAGAGAACCUUUGUGCGACUUCUUGCUCAUCUGUAGGAUCAUCUCAUCCUUACAAAGACACUGAACACGAUGGAUUUUCUUCAUGGAAUAAGACCUUAACAAACCGACUGCCAGUGGGUGACUUUCCUUGCUUUCCAUCGCCAGUGUGGAUCAUUUUCAUUCUGCCCUACCUUUAAUGGUGGCAGAACGUUCAAGCGUGGAUCAAAUGUUUGUAAAAAUGCCAGACUUAUAUAAACACUGAUAUGGAUUCACAGUGCGAUCUGGCCAAUGAUUCCUUACUUGCUCCUUAUUAUACACGUUUGUUUCUGCCAUAACCUGAGGAAGCAUUCUAUGAACUGGGAGCAAAAUGUGAAAGCAAGCAUGACUGCUGUUUCCAGCCUGAUUCGGAGGGCUGUCUUAAUCAUAUUGGUUGAAAUGAGAGAAUGGUGUUUGAGGUGAAGUGCAAUAGCCUAUUCUGUGAUUUAAAAAAAGUGAUGUUUGUCUAAUCGGUGACGCUCUUUUGACACAAACCUUCGAACUGCUUGUUUCCACUCACUGUAUGACUCUUUAGCUGCCUCCUCCCUGAGCUAAAUAUCCGUUUUUCUCUCCUUCUCUUUAUCUCUGCUUUGCUGAUGUCUGACAGAUGUGUGUUGUCCAAAACAAUGCUAGAUACUUGAAAUGCAAGCUGGGCAGUUUUUGUGCCUCUUAACCAGAAUGAUAUAAGUUUCUUCCGCUUUAUUGUUUGCACAUACACCUUAUGUCAACGUACAUGCUGGUUCUCACACGCACACAUACACAGGAACAUAUGCUCACACACACACACACACACACACACACACACACACACGCAAAUAUUUUCCAAUAAACUUGCUAUGAAAUAUUUCUUACUCAAACUAUGCUACUUAGUAAUUAUUAUUAUAAUGCAUAAAAUAAUGUGAGUAUAUAAUCAAUGAUUGUACAGUGAAUAUGUCAUGCUGUAAACAAAUGUACAUUUGCACUUCUCAAUGUAUGUUUAUUCUUUUUUAUUUAUUCGUAUUUAUUUUUAUUUUUAUAUAUAUCUAUGUGAUGAGUGCUGCUUGAAAGUAUAAUGGGAAAACAGCAACUGAAUGUUGCAUGUUGACUUUAGGAAUUACAUUAAUGAAGUAUUAAAUUUCAGAGUAUAGCAUAACGAUUUUAUUUCCUCAUCCAAAUGUAUGUAAGCUGCCAUGUUUGAGGAAUUGCAAAUCCUCUGCUUUCUGCUGAACAUUUUUAGAAUAUCUCUAACUGAGUGCAUCCCUGGUGCAGAUUAAAAAAAAGAAGGAAUCAGGAGUAAGAAGGUAACAAGAGUGUGAAAUGUGCUGGGUUGAAGAAGGUUAAGGUAACCAAACAGGCAACCAAAAGUAUCAUUAUGUAGCUAAUGAGAUUGGCAAUCUCUUUAGGAACAAACUGGAUCAGAGAAUGGAUCAGUAAUCACUGAUGGAGGUUUGGAUUCUAUCAUUAAUAGCAAUAGUCAACAUCGUGAUGUUUAAUUGUUAUACCUCGCACUGCUGUGGCAUCAGUCAGUUUAUAUGUUAAGAACUUGAUUUGAGUCAUUUUGCUCCUACCAGUUGUGCUACAUGCAAUAAGCAUCCAAAGGUUUUUUAACUCUAUGACACCAAUUUCACGAAUGGAAAAUGUAACCCUGCAAUCUGUCUUUUUCAUUUUAGUUGUGUUGUUGUUGCUUCUGUUCAGUUACAACUUGGUGGAUGUGUUUAGCGGCGGACCCUCUUAAGGAUUCAAUUAGAUGGACAAGAAUGGAAGAUGGAAAAGAAUAAUAAUAGUAAAAUGUACUGUAGAUGAGUGCUGGACAAACUAAAGCCACUUGCCAUUUAAUGUUAGAAUCUAUCAGGAUAAUUGGUUCUUAGAGUACAAAAAUGUGCAUGGGAAAAAUAAUAAUAUUGCAUAAAACCAGUUUUACAGCAGAUAUGUGUUUGGUAGCCGACCUGCAGGUAUGACUAACAAUUCCUAACCUACAAAAAGCCUAACUGCAGAUAAGAAACAGCUCAAAGCAGGGAUAAUUAGCAGUGUUGAAGUCAUUAAUCAGCCAAAGUCUCACCCUGACGUCUAAAUGCCUGUGGUUCUAAAGAAGAAAACAAAUUAUCCUUUCUCUGCUGUGAAAAAGUAAAAUUCAGUGGGUGCAUUUCUCAGUGAGAUUAUGUUGUCAAAUGUCAAAACAAUGUCAAAAGAUGACCAAAGCAAGAGCUCUGAAAGGACAUAAUGUUUGUAAUAAUUCAAAUCCCACUGGUUGUUCCCAAUUUUUGGAUUUUUCAAUCCAUGACAAAAUGGUCAGGUUUCUAAAGAUCUGUGUUACAGUGUCCCUUCCAGGUCAGAAAAGUGAUCAUUACAGACAGAUAUGUUUUGGCUCCACUGGAGAUCCUAAAUAAUGGAAUCUUAAUCAGAUGUAAUCAUAUGUAAGCUGUAUUCUGGGAGUGAUGGUGUGGGAUACAUCUGAUGUGCAUACUAUGUUAAAAUCAGUUUUCAAGGUAAUCAAGUUUUUUUUCACUCUCUUUGACACUUUCAUUUAUCAUGUUGCUAUUGUUUGUCAUAAUACACCACCUGACUUUAGUGCACCUUAUCAUGCACGGUAAGUAAUAAAAUGCAGGUUAUCCCUACAGAAAGGUAUAAUUGUCUGAUUGAAAAUUAAUAAUGGAUUGGACGGCUGUUUAACAAAGAUUGCUCUUUGUAAUUGUUAUUGUUGUCUGGUAUAAUUUGUUUAUCAUUUACAGUUAACUUUAUGGUUUCUCAACUAAAAAAAUGCAAGUUCUGUACACUGAACACUGUUCCAAGGAUAAUAAUAAAGAUCAUU